AUGUCGGCGUUUACGGACUAUGGCGCGACGUCGCCGAUGAGCUCGCGCAGGCUGACGAACCGGAACACGAACCGGUACAGCGUCACCGCGCUCUUCUCCAUGGCCGCCGAGCAGGACGUCGAGGUGGAGGACGACCUGGCGCGGGCGCAGAAGAGGCUGCGUGAUCUCAAAGCGCGGAUCAGCGCUCAGAGCAAGAAGAACUUUGUGCUCGAGCGGGACGUGCGAUACCUGGACAGCCGGAUCGCACUGCUGAUUCAGAACCGGAUGGCGGCGGACGAGCAGCGGGAGGUGGAGAAGCAUCUCGAGGACGUCGACCCGAACGAGGGUGUCUUCCCGGACGACCGCCGCCUGGCCCAGUAUUCAAACCUCUUCUUCCUCCUCCAGUCCGAACCUCGGCACGUGGCUGCACUCUGCCGACUCGUAUCGUUGAGCGAGAUCGACACCUUGUUGCAGACGGUCAUGUUCACGCUCUACGGAAACCAAUACGAGAGCCGGGAAGAGCAUCUCCUGCUCACGAUGUUCCAGUCCGUCCUAAGCGCCCAAUUCGACUCGGCCACCGAAUUCGGAUCCUUGUUGCGCGCCAACACACCCGUGAGCCGGAUGAUGACGACCUACACCCGUCGCGGGCCCGGACAGUCCUACCUCAAAUCCGUCCUCUCCGAGCGCAUCAACUCCCUAAUCGAGCAUAAGGAUUUGAAUCUCGAGAUCAACCCCGUCAAAGUGUACGAGCAGAUGAUCAACCAAAUCGAGGAGGAGACCGGCGCCUUGCCUGAGAACCUUCCCCGCGGUGUUCCACCGGACGUCGCGAGCGCCAAUGCGGACGUACAGGCGAUUAUCGCGCCCAGGUUGACGAUGCUCAUGGAGAUCGCCAAUAGCUUCCUUGUGACGAUUAUCGACAGUAUGGACAGUGUGCCGUACGGUAUUCGGUGGAUUUGCAAGCAGAUUCGUAGCUUGACCAGGCGCAAAUAUCCGGAGGCGACCGACUACGCUAUUUGUUCACUCAUCGGCGGCUUCUUUUUCUUGCGCUUCAUCAACCCGGCUAUCGUCACUCCUCAAGCGUACAUGCUUGUCGACGGCGUACCUGCCAAGCACCCGCGCAGGACACUCACCCUUAUCGCGAAGAUGCUGCAGAACUUGGCGAACAAACCCUCAUACGCCAAGGAGGCCUACAUGAGCACCCUCAACCCGUUCGUGGAGAACAACAAGGCGCGCAUCAAUGCAUUCUUGAACCAACUCUGCGAGGUCGGUGACUUCUACGAGACACUCGAGAUGGACCAAUACAUGGCGCUAUCGAAGAAGGACCUCAUGAUUCACAUUACGCUCAACGAGCUGUACAACACCCAUUCCCUCCUGUUACAGCACAUCGACACGCUUAGCCCUAAUGACAAGCAGCACCUCCGCAUCCUCAUGGACGAGCUCGGCCCCGCACCACAGCAAGUUCCGCGCAAGGAGAACAGAACACUCGAGCUCAAGCUCUACUCGCGCUGGGAGACACCCGUGCAGGACAUUCAAGCCGCCUUCGCCGACACCGUCUCUUCCGCCGACAUGCUCUACAUGGAGACGAAGUCCAUCCUGGUGCAACUCAUCCGUUCCAUGCCUGCCUCCGCUGGCCGCGCUCCACACGACUUGUUCAUGAUCGCGGAGAAGGCGGCCACGACGAAGGACGCGCAAUUGGUCCGGAAGGGGAUCAAGGUGAAGGAGAUGUUGAGAGAGCUAAGGGACGUCACGAGUGCGGACGGUAUGACGGACUCCUACGCAUUGCUACAGGACGAAGUCGCCGCGGAACUCGCGCACCUGGGCAGUCUGAGAGAGAAGGUCGUCGCUGAGACGAGGAGUCUCGAUUCAGUGUACAAGACGAUCUGCGACCACAACAACUACAUGCGCGGACAGCUCGAGCAGUACAAGGCGUAUCUGCAGAACGUGCGGUUGACGAGUACCAAGGAGGGUGGGAAGGGCGGUGUAGGGACUGCUGUGGGCGUCGUGAGCGUUGGAGGGAAGGAGAAGAAGCCGACCAAGGCUGCUGUGCUUGGGCCGUAUCGGUUCACACAUGCGCAGUUGGAGAAGGAGGGCAUUAUCGUGGAGAGUAAUGUCCCGGAUAAUCGGCGGCCGAAUAUCUACUUCAACAUCACGAGUCCGACACCGGGCACGUUCAUCAUCGCGCUGCACUACAAGGGCAGGGAGAAGGCCAUUCUCGAGAUGGACUUGAAGAUCGACGACCUGCUCGAGAAGCAGAAGGACAACAAGCACCUUCUCGACCUCGAGUACGUGCAACUGAACGUGCCGAAGGUGCUCGCGCUGCUCAAGAAGGUCUUCGCCAAGCGAUAA